GUUUCUCCUCUCAUCUUGCUCUCAUUCUGCUCUCCACCCACCCUCUCUCUGUUUUGCCUCUCUCUUCCGCAGCUCGACACCUCCAGACUCGCCUAACGCAAGGCUACGCGCACUGACAGCAGGAUGUCCAUUGUGAGCAUCGUCGCCAGGGAAAUCCUGGACUCUCGGGGAAACCCUACAGUGGAAGUGGACCUGAGGACUGAUAAAGGUCUGUUCAGGGCUGCGGUGCCCAGCGGAGCGUCGACAGGCAUCUAUGAGGCUCUGGAACUCCGAGAUGGAGACAAGAGCCGUUACAAGGGCAAAGGUGUACUGAAGGCUGUUGGUCACAUUAAUGACACUCUCGGUCCAGCCCUCAUCGCAUCUGAGAUCAGUGUGGUGGAACAGGAGAAACUGGACAACAUGAUGAUUGAAAUGGACGGCACAGAGAACAAAUCUCAGUUUGGUGCUAAUGCCAUCCUGGGAGUGUCUCUGGCCAUCUGCAAGGCCGGUGCGGCAGAAAAAGGCGUCCCUCUGUAUCGUCAUAUUGCUGAUCUGGCAGGAAACACAGAACUAGUGCUGCCAGUUCCUGCCUUUAAUGUCAUCAAUGGAGGCUCCCAUGCUGGAAACAAGCUUGCCAUGCAGGAGUUCAUGGUGCUUCCUGUGGGGGCGGAGUCAUUCCGUGACGCCCUGCGUGUCGGAGCCGAACUCUACCAGACUCUAAAGGGUGUCAUCAAGGAGAAGUACGGCCAAGAUGCCACCAACGUGGGAGACGAGGGAGGAUUCGCUCCAAACAUCCUGGAGAACAGUGAAGCACUUGAGUUGAUAAAGACGGCUAUAGACAAGGCCGGGUUCACAGAUAAAGUGGUGAUCGGCAUGGAUGUAGCCGCCUCUGAGUUCUACCGUGACGGGAAGUACGACCUUGACUUCAAGUCCCCUCCAAACCCAGACAGACACAUCACCAGCGAUGAGCUCGUAGAGAUCUACCAGACGUUUGUCAACGAUUAUCCAGUGGUGUCCAUUGAGGACCCAUUUGAUCAGGACGACUGGGCCGCUUGGACUAACAUGACAGGAGUCAUGGGGAUCCAGAUCGUGGGCGACGACCUGACUGUGACAAACCCAAAGAGGAUAGAGAAAGCUGCGGAAGACCGCGCAUGCAACUGUCUGCUCCUGAAGGUCAACCAGAUCGGCACCGUCACAGAGGCCAUCCAGGCAUGUAAGCUCGCUCAAGCCAACGGAUGGGGUGUGAUGGUCAGCCAUCGCUCAGGAGAGACAGAAGACACUUUCAUUGCGGAUCUAGUGGUGGGACUCUGCACUGGACAGAUAAAGACAGGAGCUCCGUGCAGAUCUGAGCGUCUCGCAAAAUACAACCAACUUAUGAGGAUUGAAGAAGAAUUGGGCGAUCAGGCUCGAUUCGCCGGGCACAAUUUCAGAAACCCUAGCGCUCUGUGAUAAUGACAGCACCACACUGAAAUCACUCAAAAAACAACUGACAUGUACUGCACUGAACCGACUGACUGCCCCUAAAAUCAUUCAAAAUGCAUAAAAACAGCACUAUUUGCACUGAUAUACAAAAGAUGACUUACUCAGACACUCCAAAUAUAUAUUUAAACUGAAUACGGACAGGCUUUGAUAGACCAAAACUUAUGCACAGCAGAUCCUGGAGCGAUUAACAUUAUGCACGAGUGAUACUGAAUUACUUGACGGGCAAAACAUGUGCACAGGGUGGACAUGCAUGCGUAUGAUACAGGAAACGGACCUUGGAUUUAACAAGGCAAAGACUGGAAUAAAAGUAGAGAUUUAUUUUAAUCAAAAUUAUAAUUAAGCUUCAGUUUAGAUGUGAAAUGUAUGUGAAAUAUAAAACACCGUGUAGGUUGACUUGCCACACUAAAGAAAUCAAAUGUCAUGUUUAUGGUUCAUUGCAUGAGAAGUAGGCAAAAAUAGAUAGUUUCCUGAAUAUUUAUGCAGCAGUGGGAUUUUCAACGGGAAAGUCACGCUAAUAUGAGCGACAUUGACAGUGAAAAAUUCAGGGUCCAGUAUUUACUCUAAAAAACAGUUUAUGAAAGUUGAUGCCAAGGGCAUUAGAUGCUUUUUAUCAAACAAUACUCUCUUUCUCAGAUGCUGUUUUUUUGUGUCUGUCUCUGACCCAAAAGCAUGCUGAAGAAAAAAGAGCCUUUUGAAAAAAAACUGUUAUUAAAUCAAAUCAAAUAUGAAAAUAGGGUGCUCUAACCUCUGAUUUAAAAAGAAAAAGAAAAGAGUUUUACUCAUUUUAGUCAAUUAAACAUUCAAAAUAAUGUGUGGAGAGUAUAUUUAUUUCCAUAAAGAUGCUUCGUUGUUUAAAACAACACCAGAUUUAGCCAUAAGUUAACAUAUAUCUUUGUAAAUUAUUUGGAAGGUCUAAAAAUAUGUCCUCGUGUGAUUAUGUCAUGAUAUUGUUGUCUGAUGGUUCCCAACAUAGAUCAACACGGCAAAAAAAUAUAAUACAUAAAAAUAAAGAGAAUGAAAUCUAAAGGACUGAACGUAAAGUUCACAUAUCACUUCUGUUAAUAAGAGUAAUUACAUUAAAGAGCCGCCAAAUCUUAAAACAUCUGACUGAUUUCCUCAUGCAAUGACUCUUAAUUAAAAUCUCCGUCCUGAAGAGGAAGUGGAAGUUUUUUUAAGGGUUAGUUCACCCAAAAAUGAAAAUAAGACUUUGUUUUACUCACCCCCGAGGCAUCCUAGGUGUUUAUGACUUUCUUCUCCCAGACAAAUCCAGGUGGAGUUAUUUUUAAAAGUUGUCUUUGAUCUUUGAUCUUUAGACGUGAAAUAAAAAGCACCCUUCCAUGAAAAAAAGUGUCUCACAUGGCUCCGGGUGUUGAAUAGAGGUCUCCUGUAGCGACUUGAUGCAUUUUUGUACCAAAAAUAUCCAUAUUCAAAACAUUAUAAAAACUUUAUUCUAGCUUGCGCUCACUGUUGUAAACAGAAGCAGAUCAGGGAGCAUCAGAUCUCUACAUGGAGCAUAGAGUCACUACAGGAGACCUCUGUUCACCCCCUGGAUGGAUGGGCUCUUUUUAUUUCACAUCUUUUGGACUGAAGCAAUGCAACACCCGCUGGCUGCAAUGAAACAGCUUGAAAGAUCAAAGACAAUUUUAAUAUAAAUCUGACUCGAUUCGUCUGAUAGAAAAAGUCAAAUACACAUAGGAUGCCUCAUGGGUGAGUAAAACACAGCCUAAUUUUAAUUUUUAAGUGAACUAACCCUUUAAUCUGUAAGUGAGCCAUGUGUAGGUAGAAUAUGUUGAUCUUGGCACGUUUCUGGCUAAACUAAUGGCGUGUGUUUGGGGCGGGGCUACCUUUGUCCAAAUAUAUAAGAGAUGGCAGUAGGAAUGACACUCUUCACUUCUCCUUUAAGACCGAUGACAUAAAUCCAGUAGUGAAAGAGAGACAUAACAAUUAUAAUGACAGAUCUAAUUCAAGAACUCGACCGACAGACAUGCUUACAUGAACAGAGACAAACACUCACUCACUCACAGUUGUGUAGCAAAGUCUCACCCUCAACGCACACGACUCCUUAUUCUCUGCCUCCAUGGACUUGUAGUCUGUUUCUACCUUUCUUCUCAUUUCAUCCGUCUCCUCUCUCCCUUUCCCUUCUUGUGGUUAUGACUUGGCUUGUUCCCCUGUCCCUGAAAUCUUUUUCCUCCCUGAUGACUUAUCUUUUCAUCAUUUUGUGAAAUUAUUGUGGUGCAAGAAGGAAAUGAAAGCAAGAUGGAGAGAAAAUAAAGAAAUCACUGACAAGCCUGUUAAAGACUUGUGUAAUAGAAUAUUAAAGCUGUCAUUACUUUCGUCAA